AACUGUAUUUUAUCGGUACCAACUUUGUUGCAUGAGUUGAUGUGAGCCUUUCAAUGGUCUGCUACUCUAAAACCCUCUAAAACCAACCCCCUCGCCUUCCUAAUCUGAAUGGAUCAACCAACCCCUCGCCUUCCUUAAUCCGAAUGGACCAUGAACAACCUCAUCUUGAAGAAGAAGAUAAACGAGACGAAGAAAAGGAAGAAGAGGCCUGUUGCGCGUGGGAUCUUUCUCUCUCUACUGUUGUCUCCUCCAGAACCACCACUGGAGUGGUCUCUGAUGCCCUCGGCGUCAUCGAAUUCGACCCCUCCAAUACACUCAUAGCCACCGGAGGAAUCGCCAGAAAAAUUAGGAUUUAUACUCUGAAUUCAUUGGUACCACCGAAGAGGAUGAGCGAAGGUGAGAAUGAUGCUACAGCUCUGUUUUUAGACCAUUCUAAUGUCUGUAGCUAUUGCAUAUGCACGCCGGCGAAGCUCGGUAGUCUUAGAUGGAAGCCCCGGUCUGGCGGGGGGGUGAUCGGAUCCGGCGACUAUGAUGGGGUAGUGAUGGAGUAUGAUUUGGAAAGAAAAGUUCCGAUCUUUGAACGUGACGAGCAUGGCGGAAGACGGGUUUGGAGCGUGGACUACACGCAUUGGGAUCCGGUAGUCGGUGCAUCCGGGUCGGACGACGGCACCAUGCAAAUAUGGGACCCGAGAUGCGGCGGCGAUGGAGGAAGAUGUGUGGCUGUAACCCAACCCAGCACGGCGCGCAGCCCGGUGUGUUGCGUGGAGUUCAAUCCAUUCGGUGGGCCGUUGGUAGCCGCCGGAUGCGCCGACGGGAAGGCUUGCGGUUACGAUGUGAGGAACAUGGAGGGCCCGGUAGUCGUAUUUAAUGGGCACAAAAAAGCCGUGACGUACCUUAAAUUCCUAGAUUCCAACACCGUGGUAUCCGCCGGGACCGAUGGGUGGUUAAAGCUGUGGAAUAUAAACGACUCUUCGUGCGCGGUUCGCAGGUACAAAGGACACGUGAAUAAUCGGAGCUUCGUGGGGUUAUCGGUGUGGAGACACGGCGGGUUGCUCGGGUGUGGAUCGGAGAAUAACCAGGUGUUUGUUUAUGACAAGAGAUGGGGCAAGCCGAUAUGGGCACACGGGUUCGAGCCAGCGAGCUGCAGUGGGUUCGUCAGUAGUGUGUGCUGGAGGCAGGUGGCGGAUGAUGAGUGCACGCUCGUCGCCGGGGACUCGAAUGGGGUACUGCAAGUUUUCGUAGGAAAGCAGAAGCCUUCCGCACCGUCAUUAUAGGGAACAAUGACAAGCUUUUGUCCUUAAAAUCUUUAAUGAAUUCUCUAAUUUGGA